AUGUAUUCACUAUUGACCAAAUGUCAUAUGUUUGUCUUACUAUUCUUAUCAAUCGUUAGUAUUUCGGCUCAUCAAAUCGAUCAAUUUGUUUGUCCUGGAAGUGGCUCUAGUUAUCUUCCAGUUACAUUACCGGCAAGUUGGAUAAAUGGAUCAGCAAAUUGUUUGGAUCAAGAUGCUCAACGACCUGAUUUAGAUAUUUUUCCUAUGAAUAAUGAUACUUAUAUUCUACGUGAAAAUAAAUGUAUAAACUAUGAAGCACCAUUUAUUUAUUUACUUUUUGGUAAUAAUAUCGCAUUAUUAAUUGAUAGUGGAGCGACAGUUUCACUUGUUUCCUUACCUAUUCAACAACGUGUUGAAAAAAUUAUACUUAAUUGGUGUAUCAUUAAUAAAAAACAACGUCAAGAUAUUAAAUUAGUCGUUGCACAUACACAUAAUCAUUUAGAUCAUGUAGCUGGUGAUACACAAUUUCAAAAUAAGCCUUAUACAACAGUUGUUGGUACCAGUGUUAAUGAAGUUAGUCAAUUUUUUCAAUUAGACAAUUGGCCAAAUAAUAUUGGUACAUAUGCAUUAGAUGAUCAGCGUCAUCUAGCUAUUAUACCAAUACCUGGCCAUGAAAAUUCUUCUAUAGCGAUUUAUGAUUGUGCAACGGGUAUCUUGAUAACAGGAGAUACAUUGUUGCCUGGCCGUUUAUAUAUAAAGGAUUUCUCUGAUAAUGUUGAAUCAAUAUCACGUUUAGUUAAUUUUAUUGAAUCAAAUCGUCUCAACGUCACAUCGAUACUUGGUGCACAUAUUGAAAUGACACAAGAAAAUAAAGUUGAUUAUCCAUUGGGUUCAACAUAUCAACCAAACGAACGUCAAUUAAAUAUGUCAUUAGAACAAUUAUAUCAACUGAACAAUGAAUUACAGCAACAAUGGAAAGAUGGUUUCAAUAAACGACAUAAAGCUUAUUAUGAUACAUUUAUUGUUGACCCAAAUUCAUCUCAAUUGCCACCAUUACCAUUCGAUGGGCGUAUGUCAGUUCAUGGUUUCGUAUUACUACCAUUAGAUACACCGAAUUCUGUAUGGAUAUCACAUAAACCAAUGUUUACUACACCACAUGAUUUUCAACUUUCAUUUCAUGCAAUCAUUACAAAUUCAACAGUCGAUCCAGUACCAUUACCAACAAAUAUCACUCGAUUGAAUAGUCAAUGGACAAUUCAACCUGACAAAUGGUCAUUAAACAAUUUAAUCAAUGGUAAUUUAACAUCAUUUCGAACUAAAUUAUAUAAAGGAAAUUUUGAACAAGGUGGAACAUAUUUAUGUGAUGUAACAAUCAAUAUAAUUCGACCACUACUAACUGUUGUUCAAUUGAAUGCAUCAGAAAUUCAACCCUAUCAACCAUUACGUUAUUCCAGUUAUUUUCUAUCGAAUCUAAUUGUAGACAAACGAACACAAAUUCACCUUUAUCUACUUCAUCAAAUUCGUGUACAACCAGAUUUCGAUGCUAUCGCUCAUGUUAUUAUUGAUCCAGCUAAUUGUACAACUGAUAUUAGUUCAAGUCAAUUAAAUAAUUUAUUAGAACAAAAUGGAAAUCAAUGGGCAUUUCCUGGUAUUGAUAAUGAUAUAGGUGAUCGUCUAACACAAGCAUCUGGAUUAGUCAGUGCACAACUACUUGGUGAUAUUUAUUCAACAAUAUGCCAAGUGAAAGUUGUUGAAGAAAUUCAAUGCACAAUAGGACCUGAUUUUUAUGAAGAUUGUAAUGUUUAA